GUUGAAGUGAUCAGUCUCGGAGAUUUGAAAACAGACUCCUGUAGCUCCUCUCGCUCCUUCAGGUGGCUGGUAACUCACUAACUAGUUCAAGCUGAAGUCAUUGACGUUUAUUUCAACGUCGAAUAAAAAUGGAGCCGUUAAACGAAGAGGACAUCAAAAUGUACUUUUAUGAGAACAGACUGAAAACCUUCGCGGGCUGGCCUUUCGACGAAGACUGCUCGUGUACUCCGGAGAACAUGGCCAAAGCUGGCUUCAUUCACACCCCUUCAGAUAACAGCCCAGACAUCGCCAUGUGUUUCUUCUGCCUCAAAGAGCUGGAGGGCUGGGAGCCGGAGGAUGACCCACAAAAGGAGCACGCAUCUCAUUCAUCAUCCUGCCAAUUCAUCGCCCUGAAGAAGAAAGUAGAAGAGCUGACUGUGGAGGAAUUCUUAAAACUACAGAAGGAGAGGCACAAGUUCAUCAUUAACAAAUCCUGUAACGAGGCUAUCACCAAGUUCGAAGACGCAGCCAAACUGAGAAGAGCAGAUAUCAUCAAGACAGCUAUGGGUGAAGAGUGACACGAUAAUAGAUGCAGAUGAAUGAGAUGGGGGCGGUGUUUGAGAGGUUUAUUGUAGCUGGCUGACUGGUUUUCUCACUGAACAUAUUUCUGUGUUUCCUUCAUGUCUUCUUUGUGACACCGUUUAUCUGUCACCUUUUAAUGUUUUCUCUUGUCAUGUUAUCUGUUUUUAUUCUUUUAUUAAAUAUAUUCUUUCUAUUUAC